AUGGCGAGCAAGCGCGAUCAGUUCUUAACCGCCUGUCGCAACGCAAAGCUCGACACCGUGCGAUGGGGUCUGGGCGCCGGUGGACAGAAUCCUGGAACGCGGGACGACGACGGGUACACCGCGAUCAUGAUCACCGCUCGAUCGAAUAAACACAAAGCGCUGCAAAUGCUCCUGGAUAACUGCCGACGGGCGCGAAUGCGAGAACCGAUCGAUUACGUGGACGGACAAGGGGAUGAGGAGACGGCGCUCAUGAUGGCGGCGCGAGAGGGACAUCGAGAGGCGUGCGACGAGUUGUUGUACGCGGGAGCGAACGCGAAGAUGAAGUGUGCGAGAGGGAUGACGGCGGCGGAUCACGCGAGAAAGGCUGGACACGACGCGCUGGCGCGAAGGAUCGACCGGGGGGGAGAUUCGAGCGAGGAGGAGGAGGAGAGCGCGAGCGAGGAUGAGGGCGGAAUCGAGGGCGAGACGUCGACGCAGAGGAGUAAGCGCAAGAAGAAGGAGUUGGAGGCGCUGGAACGCCGCGGGGAGAAGAAAAUUGGGAAGGGUAAGGGUCAGGACGAGGACGAUGGCGACGACUCGGACGAUGGCGAGCGUGGCGGGAAGGCGCCCGAGCCGAAGUGGCCGGAGACGGCGCAAGCGAUGGAGUCGCAGGCCAAAGAGGUGGCCAUCAUACGUGAUAAGAAAGACGUCGAGGUGGACCCAGCGUUGUUCUACGUCAAAAGUGUGAACAACUUAAAGCUUAAUCUCGGGGUCUCGUUCGUCAAGCUGUCGCCAGACAUCAGUAGACUCUCGGGACUGCUUACGCUCAUCAUCAGCGGCAACGGCUUAAUCGAGCUUCCCGAGAGCAUGGGUAAGUUGAAGAACUUAAAGGUUCUCGAGGCGGAGAACAAUAAGCUCACGGCGUUACCCAAGAGCUUGGCGGACUGCAAGAAUCUAGAGAUUCUGCGCGUGUCUCGCAACAAGAUCAAGUCGCUCGCGCCUCUCGAACACGCGAACAAUUUGGUCACGCUCGUUGCCGACGACAACAAACUCACGACCCUAGACGACUUCAACGUCGAGGCCAAGUCACGCAUCGUCACUCUUUCGGCGCGCAUGAACCAAAUCGAGGAAGCACCAGCUGAUAUUCAUCAGUGCACGCUUCUGGCGGAGAUUUUCCUGAAGCAGAACAAGAUCGAGGAUCUUCCAGGCGAGUGGGGCGAGCUCAAGGAAAAGAAGGUUCGCGAGAUCGAACUCGAAGGAAACCCCAUCGCCGACCCGAAGGUCAGGAAAAUGAUGGACAAGAGUGCAAACUUCGUCAAGGAGCUUCUCACGUACCUCCGGAAGAACGGGAAGAAGAGUGCAGGGAAAAAGAAGAAGCUCGCCAAGGUGGUCGAUGACGACGAUGAAGAAGAUGAAGCGCCUGCGCCCGCCGCCGCCGCUCCGGCGUCGAAGACCCAACCGAAGGCUGAAGUACAAGCUGACGAUGAAACCGAAAGCGAGAACGAGGAAGAGCUCGAGGCUCGUAUGGCGAAGAUGAAUAAGAAGGAACGCGAAAAGUUCAAGCGAAAACUCGCGGAAGAGAGGCAGGCAAAGGCGGCGAAAGAGGCUGAGCGAAAGCGUCGCGAACAGGACGCCGCCGCUAGGGCCAGACUCGAAGCGGCCAAGCACAUGCACGAGGAAGAAGACGUCGAUGGUGAGAGCGAUAUUGACAGCGACGACGAGAUGGCCAUUCUCGCUCGCAAGAAGGGCAAGAAGCCGGCUGGUUUUCUGUACGCCAUGACAGACGAACAACGCGCUGAGGCCGAAAAAGUCGAGGCAGAUCGCCUUCUUAAGAUUGAACUCGCCAAACAAGCCGAAGAGGACGCGAAGAAAGCGGCGGAAGAGAGAGUCGCGCUCGAGCUCGCGGCCAAGGUGUCGGGCGUCAAGCUCACCGGCGAAGGCGUCUACGGAUGGCAGUACACUGGCGGGCAGUUCAAGUCCAUUAAAGUCCCGGCCCUCCCCAAGGGCGCCAAGGGUCCGUGCGUCGAGUUGGAGAUCCCAAAAAUUAUCGUGGGGAAGCUCAUCGGUGCAAAGGGUGCCACGAUCAAGGAGGUGCAGGAUCGAAGCAAAGCCAUGGUUUCCAUCGACGAAACCAAGGGGGCAAGCGGUAACUCUCUCCUUCGCGUGCGAGGUGACGAGUCCGCGAUGGAGUCCGCUCGAAUGUUGAUGAACAACGCCCUGGCCGGGAAGAGGCGAUAG